AUGAAAGAAAUACGAAUGAAAAUAUUCACCAUUUUCACUGGAGUAGAGACCCUCUGGAGAAUAUUCAUGUCCCUCGAAGUGACCACAAAAGCUGCGGGAAGACCAGCCAGUGAACUGAUGAUAUCAUCCCAAACAUCAUCUAGUACAACCAGCAGAAGUGCAGUAGGAGAGACGGUGUGAGUGUCAAACACCUCGGAGCGCCGAUAUUGUUUGGCGAUGAGCAUUUUAUGCAAAAGGGAGGUCAUUUUAUUGAUCUCUGAUUCCAUACCACCACUUCCUCCACGGAAGGUUUCGUCAACAGAACUGGUUCGACUGCUCAUCCUACCAUUAUUUCCUCGAUAACUUGCAGUGCUGCUCUGUCGAAGAAUGGAAGAAGGGUUUGGUGCGUUGGGAGAGACAGAGGACGGAGCAUCGACAUGUUCGAUCAAGGCAGAGAGAACGUCAAUGGUUUGUUGUGAAGGUUGCAUGCUGGGUCUUUCUCCAACACGCAGCCACACGACACCUCCAGGGAACAUAUCCGCAAGGAGUUGUCGAUUCUGCCGCAGUACAGCAGCCGUCAUUACUGACUUUCCUUGGCCAGGAGGGCCGUAGAUAAGGAACCAAGCGUUAGUGGGAAUAUCAGGUUGAAGGCUGCCAUCGUGAUCAAGUGAACCGUCUUGACGACAGAGUGCAGAGAGUGGUCGAAAGGUACUCCCUAGCCAACGGAACCCAUCUGUCAACUUGGCGAUUGUUUGUGGUCUAUUGGUGUAGUAAGUUGGACGAUCUGGUACAGCUCCACGUAGAAGGGUUUCGUGAAUAUCAGACAGGCUUGAACGGCGGUUUAUCGUUACUGGGAUUUUAUUCAACUGUUCCUGA